CAAUUAAUGCAUUGCCCCAUCUUGAAGUGUACACUUUAAUGGCUAGUCCCCACUCUCCAUUUCUUCUUCAUGUGUCCACUUUCUCUCUUGAGAGAAUUGAGUCUAACUUUCUUAUAACUCACUGAACAGUUAGGGGGGAGUACAUUCGUUUCAUCAAGAUUUGCUGCUCAAAAUGGGUUUAAUUGGAAGAAAGGAGGCUUUUUUAAGGGUUCUUGUGAUUUUGAUCUUGGUGUUGACGGCCUGUCUUGUGGGAUUCGAUGCCCAAACUAAACUUCUCUUCUAUUCAAUCGUCCGAAAAGCAACCUUUAGGGACAUGAAUGCCUUAAUUGUUUUGGUAUGGAUCGAUUCUGCUGCUGCUGUAUACAAUCUGCUCCAACUAUUCAGAGGUUAUGUCUUGCCCGGUUAUAAAGAAGACUUAACAAGCAAUUACAAGUACCUGGCUUGGAGUUUGUUCUUAUUGGACCAGGCAGCAGUUUACAUAGUAUUUGCAGCCAAUUCAGCCGCGGUUCAAGCAUCAAUGUUUGCAGUAACUGGUGAAAGCAGUUUACAGUGGAUGAAGCUUUGCAAUAGAUUCACAAGGUUUUGCACGCAAAUUGCUGGCGCUUUAUUGUGUGGCUAUUUUGCAUCGAUAUUCAUGGCUGUGAUAUCAGCAAUGUCUGCUUAUAAUCUGUUCAGGUUUUACUCUUCAAAGCAGUUCCUUUUGCUGAAGGGCAAAUAAGAUGAAUUUCCUUAGCCGAACUAUGUAACUCAAGAUGGGUUCAAAUUGUUACGCCUUCCGCGUAGGUUUAUACUUCAGUUACGAGAAUUGAAGUACUUUGUACGAAUAAAAAGAUCUGUCGUCGUAUUUAUUUUCCACAAGGAAGUUUUAGUCGUUUAUGGUCAAAAUACUACGGUCAUGUUUGUUAAAGAACGAUUGAAGUACGAAUAAAUCUGUCGUAUGCUAUGCAUUUGCUAGGAA